CAAACAUAGUAGCAAGCAUGUAAAUUCUGGAUCCAUGGAGUUAUUUCUUGAAUAUUUUGAGACAACGUUACCGGAAAAAUACCAAUUUCUCGAUUAUUACCAGUAUAAUAAAAGCCGGGAUGGUUUCACAAAUAUAUUUCGCCAAGAAGCAAAAAAGACUUCAAGUUGCCUUGGAACAUCUGGUGAAAAAUGA